AAACUUAACUACUUUUUGUCUUACCAAAACAACAUUGAAUGUUUUUUAUUUACCUUUUUACAGCCGUCUCAACAGCGCUUCCGGCAAUAAUGUGGGUGCACCAUGGCGCCAUAGUAUGUCACGUGAUUUGAGCAACGAUAUGGAUUCGAUAUUUUCACGCACUGGCGCCACACUGCCAAGAGGCACAAAAACUUCUUCCAAAAUCGGCCGUCCUGCUACUAUUGCCGAACCUAGUAGCACAGCUGACGGACCUGCAGCGCCAGCCGUAUCCACCGACGAACCGCUCGACUUGACCGACUUAGAUCUGUCGCGCCUACGUUUGAGCAAGAAGGAUUUAGAAACAUUAUCUAGCAUCACACCCGGUCUACCAAAAUGCUUUCAGGAGCAACUACUCGCCAAAUUGCCACCAACGCAGGCGCGUAAAUUAUCGCGCACAUUGAGCAUGCAAAGUAAUACCCAGACCGCGCCGGUAAAAAUUUAUAAACGCAGUCAAAGUGGUGGGCGUGGUGUAUUGCACAACGCAGGUGUACAAGAUCUCAAGGAAAAUGUGGCCGAAGAGACAGCCAGUAGCAGCACAGCAAGCAAACGCAGCAGCGAUAGCAGUGAACGUCGACACUAUGACCCUGUUUAUCGGCGCAGUCUCAGUCGUUCGCGUUACGAUUAUGAAUCGAGUAUUCCCUCACCGAACGAUGCGGUGUCGAAGAGCCGAAGUAGUAGUGUUUGUCGCGACGACUACAGCAAGUCGAUGUGUUCAACAUAUACGACGGACAUAAAUGAUCGCUACAAAUACUACUCGCCAUAUCUCAGCAAGCCAGCGAAAGAAUCGUCCACCGAAAGCGGUUCGGUGUCGCCGCAGAAACGUUACAGUGGUGGUGGUGGUGGUGGUAUUGGCGCGCAACGCGAAGUGAUCGGUUCUGCGCAUGGGCGUCCACCAAGUGGUUGCUUGUCGCCGCCAAUUGUAAUGGCAGUUGGCGGCAGCAGCUCUCUGCGUAGACGCUCUUCGCAGAAACGUAUAUCACGUUUUCUACGACCAGAUUUCUUCGAUGAGCCACUAGAAGAGAAUCCCUUUCAGCGUGAUAAGAAGCAACGCGAACGUGAUACUCAAAAUGUGCUGCGUGAGAUAAGAGAGAAAUCUCGUGAGCCGAGUAGAGAACGUUGUAGUUAUAGUGACUUAAAUGCGGAUGAUACAAUGGCUCGCAAACACAGCUUACCUAAUGCGGAGUUCACGGGCAUACCGCAAAAACCAGAGUUGAAGCAUGCGCGUAAUAAAAGCAUGGAAAUGUAUUCAGAAUAUCAGCCAGGUAGUAGUUCAUCGCAGGAGACCAUUAAGAACAAUCGGCGAAGUGUCUCGCGGCCACGUGACUUAACCGAAGGACUGCACAAAAGCGAGCUUGCCGACAAGAUAUUGGAGGAGCUGCAAAUGCUGUCGGCUGCACGAACGCAACAAGAACAACAACAACUACGAUCGGCAAUGCCAAGAGAAAUCUCUGUGGAGCGCUCUUCGGAAACGACAACAAAAUCAGUUGUAGAAGGACCGAGCAGUCGUGCCGAAAUUGAAGAGAAGGAAACGUCAUCUACCAUUAAAAAGAUAAAAAAGAUAAAGCCCAAAGAAAAAUCGACUACAACAGAGUCAAGUACAGAUGCUGAUGCCACUAUUACCACGUCCGUGGUGAAAAAAGUCAAGAAGAUUGUAAAGAAGACUGAAUCCACAAAGACGACACCUAACGAUGCACACGGCAGUGGUUUUCGAACAGCCGAAGAUAACCAACUCACACCCUUAGAAAUGGAGCAGACAAAGAGAGAGUCAAAACUUAAGCGUCCCAAAUCUUACCCUACCAAGGAGCCAACAAUAGUUAUGAAACCUGAAGUUGGCGCUUUGACACCAAAGUUAUCUGGAAAACCUAAUACAAUUCUAGAAAUGACCGCCGACAUGCCAAAUGCCACAUAUGAGGCCACAUGUGCCCAGUCCACAGGAUUAAGCAUGCGCGAGAGUCGACUUGUGCGGCCCAAGAGCUAUCCAGCAUCCAAGCUAACACCGCCGAAGGACUCGAAGAAAGUUACACGUAGCGGUGCUGCUAUUCCCACGAUAGUCGAAGGAAGGCUACGAGAUGCGACGCCACCGCUUGCAGUCGAGGAAAAGUUUGAGCUCCAGACGCCAAGCAUGAAAUCGAAUGUGGAAACUUCUUCUUCAAGUGAUAUUAAGGCGAAUACCAUCAAGGAAAUUAUUAAGGUUUCUAAGAAGUCUAAGCUAGCACAGCCACUGCCAGUCACACCUACUACACCAACAACAACCACAACAACAUCAACAACGACCACGCCUGUUGAAACUUCCAAGGAGUCCAGUCCCGCAAUAAAAGAAAAAUCACCCGAAAAGAAGCCAAGUAAAGGGUUGCUCUACGCUAUAGGACAGAAAUUUGAAAAACUACGUGACUCAGCUAUGAGCAAGGAAAAGAAAAGCGCCUCAUCCAGCCCCGCCUCUUCAGCAAAUGGCGCUGUCGUAAAGAAGAGAUCUCCAGAUAAUGCCUCCCCAGAGAAGAUAAAGGAAAAGUCCAUGCUGCUUAAAAAGAAAAAAUCUUUGGAUGGCACAAUCACAAAGACUGAUAAAUACGCCACAUCGAGCAAUGCAAUUGAAAAAAAUGCAUCUCAAAAAGCGCUCAACACUGAUGGCGAAAUAAAGGAAAAACCAGCCAAGUCCGAUAAGCGUUCUCGAAUCGAUUCGAUGAUUCGUUCGUUGCGUGAACGUUCAGUACCAAGAUCCCGACCUGCAACUGAGACGAAUUAUAUCAAGCGGGCCAUCAGCGUAGAGGACAUGCCAGGGACUUUUAAUCGGAAUGCUGUGAAUCGAGUACUAGGGCUCUUUAAACGAACUGAUAAGGACGCGGGUGGCGCUGACCGGCGUGUUCAGAGCACACGUUCAACAAGCAAUAUAGAACGUCAAAUACGCGAAUCAUCACCUUCGCCCAUCUACCAAAAUACGACGGAGUGCCAUCGUUCGAAUAGCAUUUCAGCUGCGAUCGCUGCCAACUUACUGACCAACAAUAGUGGUAGCGUCCGGAAAUGUGACAACACUGCCAAAUGUAGCUGCGAAAUAGCAAAGACGCCUAGAGGAAACACCGAAGAGAAGCAGUGUGUCGAGUGUUUGCACGAUACUGCAACAAGUCUGAAAACCAAGAGUCGUGGUGAAAAGGAUAUCGUUAUGCCCCCGGUUAAAGAAGUAGCGCAGGGCAAUAAAGACAAGCGCAAGGGUCUGAUGCUGGACCUUACUAAAUUGGACAAAAUUGACAACAAUGCCACAACAAAUCGCAACAAUUUGAAG